GCUGCUGAGCCGAACAGGGAGCAUCAUGUCUGGUCGCGGUAAAGGAGGAAAAGGUCUCGGGAAAGGAGGCGCCAAGCGCCAUCGCAAAGUUCUCCGGGACAACAUCCAGGGCAUCACCAAGCCCGCCAUCCGCCGCCUGGCCCGCCGCGGCGGAGUCAAGCGCAUCUCCGGCCUCAUCUACGAGGAGACCCGUGGGGUGCUCAAGGUCUUCCUGGAGAACGUCAUCCGGGACGCCGUCACCUACACCGAGCACGCCAAGAGAAAGACGGUCACCGCCAUGGAUGUGGUCUACGCUCUCAAGAGGCAGGGCCGCACCCUCUACGGCUUCGGAGGCUGAAGCCCACCGACACAAACACCCACAACACAAAGGCUCUUUUCAGAGCCACACACCCGCCACCAAGAGCUCACCUCCUUUCACUCACUCACCUUUCUGAUUUAAGCAUCAAUACACCCACUUAUUCUUAUCGCCAGCCAUUAUGUUGGAGGUCAUUCCGAACUCAUCCAAUUGACCCUCUGGCAUCAAACGACUGCGCUCUAAUAAAAGCAGCAAAAGUCAAAGUCAGUUUUAUUGUCAAGAAUGAACAGGGCAUACAGAGGAUCGAAAUUGCGUUUCUCUCAGACCCUCGGUGCAAACAAACAUUUAAGACAAACUCUACAAAAAGGGGAAAAAAUAGGCCUAUAGGGGCAUGUAAAAAAACAAACUAAAAAAGAAAGUUAGGCUAUAAAUGAAAAGUAGAGAGGCACAGUAGCAGCGACACAAAUUUUAAAAAUCCAAACAAGUUUUAAUCUGAAUUGAGAAAUCUUAUAGACUGGCAAAAGCAUUUUGGUUCUAGAACACCGCCAUGAAAUACAGUAGCCUACUGCUGGGGAAAAAUAUAGGCUUAUACAGGCCUAUAUAUUUAUAUUUUAAAAAUCUCGGUAGGCUAUACCUCGAGAUAAAAACAAAAAAACAAUAGAAUACAGUGUCUUUAUUGAAGGUAAUCAUAAGGCUGUUUCUAAUAUUUCAG